AUGGCGUCGAAAUUUAAAAAAAUAGCAGUAGGAAGCAUAGCAGGAACAGUUGGAGCAGGAUUAGCGGCAUACCUUCUACUCAAAGAUGAGGGAAAACAAAGAUGGCCAGCCAACGUAAGUGCCAAAGAACCUAGUCAAAAAUUGAAACGAGUACUUCCCACAAGAGCUGAACAAAUCAAAUCCCUUCAAACAGACAAUUUCGACGUUGUGAUUAUCGGAGGAGGUGCUACUGGAGCAGGAUGUGCCCUAGACGCCCAAACACGAGGUUUAAAGACUGCGUUAAUAGAAUCUGACGAUUUUGCCAGCGGUACUUCCAGUCGUAGUACGAAAUUAAUUCACGGUGGUGUACGAUAUCUCCAAAAAGCUAUCAUGCAAUUAGAUUACGAACAAUAUAGAAUGGUACAAGAAGCCUUGCACGAACGUGCUGUUAUGUUAUAUCAAGCCCCACAUUUGGCGCAUCCUCUUCCAAUCAUGUUGCCAGUAUACAGGUGGUGGCAAGUACCUUAUUACUGGGCUGGUAUAAAAGCUUACGAUAUUAUAGCUGGUAGACAAACUGUCAAAUCUUCAUAUUUUCUAUCAAAAAAUAAUGCUUUAGAACUAUUUCCAAUGUUGAGAGGCGACAAACUUGUUGGAGGUCUUGUUUACUAUGAUGGUCAACAAGAUGACGCUAGGAUGAAUUUAGCCAUAGCUUUGACGGCCACUUUGAACGGAGCAACUAUAGCCAAUCACGUUUCCGUCACUAGUCUGCUCAAAGAAAGUAAAAAUGGCAAAGAUGUAAUAUGCGGGGUAACCGUCAAAGAUGAAUUGAGCGGAAAAACUUGGAAUAUACCGGCGAAAUGCGUUAUCAAUGCCACAGGACCGUUUACGGACAGUAUUAGAAAAAUGGACGAUCCUAAUGUUAAAGAGAUCUGCGCGCCAAGCAGUGGGGUACAUAUCACGUUACCAGGAUAUUACAGUCCUGAACAGAUGGGUCUUCUUGAUCCUGAUACCAGCGAUGGUAGAGUCAUCUUCUUCUUGCCUUGGCAGAGACAUACAAUCGCAGGAACAACAGAUUUGCCUUGUAAAGUAACCCAUAAUCCAAAACCUACUGAAGACGAGAUUGUGUUCAUUUUGGAAGAGGUUAAGAAUUAUCUUAAUCCUGACGUGGAAGUUAGAAGAGGGGAUGUAUUGUCUGCCUGGAGUGGAAUCAGACCUUUAGUUUCUGAUCCAAAUAAACCUGAUACCCAAUCUCUAGCUAGGAAUCACAUAGUGCACGUCAGUCCAUCCGGAUUAGUUACAAUUGCCGGUGGAAAAUGGACUACUUACAGAUCCAUGGCUUCCGAAACGAUAGAUGCAGCUAUUGAAAGUGCUUGUUUGAACCCGAAACACGAAAACUGUCAAACCGACAUGAUGCAACUAGUAGGGGCGCAUGGUUGGACGCCAACGAUGUACAUUCGUUUGGUGCAAGAUUUUGGACUCGAAUGUGAGGUUGCGCAGCACUUGGCUAAAUCGUAUGGCGAUAGAGCCUUUGCUGUUGCCAAAAUGGCGUCCUUGACAGGUAAAAGAUGGCCAAUCAUUGGUAAAAAGCUCCAUCCGGAGUUUCCAUACAUCGACGCCGAAGUUAGGUACGGAGUUAAAGAAUACGCCAUGACAGCCAUCGACAUGAUAGCCAGAAGAGUGAGAUUAGCCUUCCUUAACGUCCAAGCUGCACAAGAAGCCUUACCGGAUAUUGUAAAUAUUAUGGCGGAAGAAUUGGGUUGGUCUGCAGCGGAAAAGAAGAAACAAAUGAACGACGCUACGGAGUUUCUACAAAAUGAAAUGGGUCAAAACGUUAAUAGGGCCAGUAGAGAUAAAAUACCCAUCAAUCUGAGUAAAGAAGAGAUUCAGUUAUAUAUCAAAAGAUUCCAGUACAUUGAUAAGGAUAGAAAGGGAUAUGUAUCUAUUAAUGAUAUUAGAAGAAGCCUCAAGGAAUCAGGCGAUAAGGAAGUUAGCGGUGAAGAACUUCAUGAUAUUCUUAAAGAAAUCGAUACAAAUAUGAACGGACAAGUCGAACUUGACGAAUAUUUGCAGAUGAUGUCCGCUAUAAAAUCUGGACACGUCGCUUAUUCAAGAUUCGCAAGAAUGGCUGAACUGGAAGAAAUUAAGCAAGAAAAAGAUUUGUUAAAGAAGAAAGUAUCUGUAGAGCGCAGUGGAGGCGGAGUGUAA